AUGGCCAUGGUUUCUUUUGUUGGGCUCUGGUGUAGGGAAAGUGACAGUCGCAUGAAGAUGAUAGCCGAAAAACCUAGUUGGGUUAGGCAUGAAGGUAUGCAAAUUUUCUCCAUUGAUGUUCAACCAGGAGGUCUCAGAUUCGCUACUGGGGGUGGUGACCACAAGGUUCGAAUAUGGAAUAUGAAGUCUGUUAGUACUGACAUAGAAAAUGAUGCCUCUUCUCAAAGGCUUCUUGCAACCCUGCGGGAUCACUUUGGAUCUGUCAAUUGUGUCAGGUGGGCAAAACAUGGAAGGUUUGUUGCAUCAGGGUCUGAUGAUCAGGUGAUAUUAAUUCAUGAGAGAAAGCCUGGUUCAGGAACCACUGAAUUUGGCAGUGGAGAGCCCCCAGAUAUUGAAAACUGGAAAGUUGCGAUGACUUUGAGAGGGCACACUGCAGAUGUGGUGGAUCUUAAUUGGUCUCCUGAUGAUUCUGCAUUGGCCAGUGGGAGUUUGGACAACACUAUUCAUGUAUGGAAUAUGAGCAAUGGCAUUUGCACUGCGGUUCUAAGGGGCCACUCUAGCCUGGUUAAGGGAGUUGCUUGGGAUCCUAUUGGCUCUUUUAUAGCAAGUCAAUCUGAUGACAAAACUGUAAUUAUUUGGCGAACUAGUGAUUGGAGUCUUGCUCAUAGGACAGAUGGUCACUGGGCAAAAUCUCUUGGGUCAACCUUUUUCAGGCGGCUUGGAUGGUCACCUUGUGGUCAUUUUAUCACCACUACUCAUGGUUUCCAGAAGCCAAGGCAUUCUGCCCCAGUGCUAGAGAGAGGGGAAUGGUCUGCAACAUUUGAUUUUCUAGGACACAAUGCUCCAAUUAUUGUGGUGAAGUUCAACCAUUCUAUGUUCAGAAGAAAUUUGACUAAUGCUCAGGAAAUGAAAUCUGUCCCUGUUGGGUGGACCAAUGGCACUUCCAAGACCGGAAGCAAAGAACCCCAACCUUACAAUGUUAUUGCCAUUGGAAGUCAGGAUCGAACUAUAACAGUUUGGACUACUGCAAGCCCUCGUCCUCUCUUUGUGGCGAAGCAUUUUUUUACUCAAAGUGUUGUGGAUUUGUCCUGGAGCCCUGACGGAUAUUCACUUUUUGCAUGUUCCUUGGAUGGAUCUGUUGCUACAUUUCAUUUUGAGGUAAAAGAACUUGGUCAGAGAUUAGUUGAUGCUGAGCUAGACGAGUUGAAGAGAAGUCGAUAUGGCGAUGUGAAGGGUCGGAAAGCAAACUUAGCUGAAAGUCCAGCACAGUUACUGUUAGAAGCUGCUUCUGCCAAGCAAACAACUAGCAAAAAAUUGGUUUCUGAUGUUCCCCAAAACCAAACUAAGGCAAAGGCUUAUGUUGAUCUAGGGGCUACUACAAAGAAUGCUGAGCCUCAAAAUGAUGAUGGUAAGAAGAGUGCAGUUCCAGUUGGUGAUGCAUCAAACAAAGUUACAACCUCUGGCCGGAUUUCUAGUCCUGUUAAGCAAAGAGAAUACAGACGACCUGAUGGCCGUAAAAGAAUUAUUCCAGAAGCAGUUGGAGUACCUGUUCAGCAGGAAAACAUUUCAGGUGCAGUUCAGCAAUCACAUGAUUUUCCUAUGAUGUCUUCUGAUCACAGAAAGGAUACUGACAGAACAGUUUCCAAUGAUGAUGGUAUAAGAGUGAGUACAUUAGGAGGAGCACAUGGCAGAAAUACUGAUAUAAAAGAGCGAUCAGGGGUUACAUCUAAGACCACAAUUUCUGAGAGCCUUGUGAUUGAGAAGGUUCCAGCCUCUGCUGGUGAUGGAAGUGUCAAUGUCGACCAGUUGGGCAAUUUGAUGUCUUCCAGUUCUUCAGCUGGUUGUAGUGGUACACUAUCGAUUAGAGUAUUUGACAAGAAAAGUGGAGAAGAUUCCUCACCUAUUCUUUUGGAAGCACGUUCAAGGGAACAUGCUGUAAACGACAUUGUAUGGCUGGGAAAUACAUCUAUGAUGAAAGAAACAGAAAUUGUGUGCUCGAAGGGGUCUCAAAUACUUUGGUCUGAUUGGAUAUCAGAAAAAGUCACUGUUUUAGCUGGCAAUGGAAAUUUUUGGGCAGUUGGGUGUGAAGAUGGAUGUUUGCUGAUUUACACAAAGGGUGGGAGACGAGCAAUGCCUACCAUGAUGAUGGGUUCUGCUGCAACAUUUAUAGACUGUGAUGAAUGCUGGACAUUACUGGUGGUGACAAGGGAUGGUUCCUUGUACUUGUGGGAUUUAUUCAACCAAACCUGUCUUCUUCAACAUUCACUGACUUCUCUAGUUUCUUCAAGUCGUAACUCAUCUGCUAAAGAUGCAGGAACCAUUAAAGUUAUAUCUGUGAAACUAUCAAAAUCGGGUUCCCCUCUUGUUGUGUUGGCGACUCGCCAUGCUUUCUUAUUUGACAUGAAUAUCAAAUGUUGGCUGAGGGUUGCAGAUGAUUGCUUUCCUGCAUCAAAUUUUUCCAGCUCUUGGAGUUUGGGUUCAAUUCAAAGUGGUGAGCUGGCAGCAUUGCAGGUUGAUCUUAGAAAAUAUUUGGCCCGGAAGCCAGGUUGGACCAGAAUUACUGAUGAUGGAGUACAGACACGUGCUCAUUUGGAAACUCAAUUGGCUUCUUCCUUGGCUUUGGGGUCCCCCAAUGAAUAUCGCCAAUGCCUCUUGGCAUACGUACGCUUUCUUGCAAGAGAAGCAGAUGAAUCUCGUUUACGAGAAGUCUGCGAGAGUUUCCUCGGACCUCCAACAGGGAUGUUUGAGGACAAAUCUUCAGAUUCAAAGAACUUAGCAUGGGAUCCUUUUGUGCUUGGAAUGAGGAAACACAAGCUCCUUAGGGAAGACAUUCUUCCAUCCAUGGCAUCAAACAGAAAAGUCCAAAGAUUGCUGAAUGAAUUCAUGGAUCUUUUAUCCGAAUACGAAACCAUUGAUGCUAAUCAAGAUGAAACAAACCGUACAGUGCCGAAUUCAUCUUCACCAGCAGCAACCAAUCCAGUAGAGGGUGGUUCACUAGCAACACUUCAGCAGCACACUGCUCCACCAAAAUUGGAUCACAAUACCCAACUGGAAAAGGAACAAACAGAUAUUCCUCCAGCACUUACAAAUGAAGCUAGUGCAGAUACCCCUAUGACAGAUCAAGCUAACCAGGAUGCAUAA